ACAAGGCUUCUUCCGUUUAGGUACCCGAAGGUUGCGACAACAUCGACCCCCGGACCAUCGAAAACGAAGGGAGGCAACGAGAAAAUGCGUCCGCCGGGUGUGAUCUCCCCACAUACAUGUGUCGACUCCUCAACAGCUCUCGAGAAAGGUUCAGGUACGAAGCCAAAACGUGACAAGAAGAAAGGGCUUGCAACGAAACCUGCAGCGCCUUCGAAAUACAAAGGUAAAGCUCCGCAUGAGGAGCUUGAAGUUCCUCGAGGUCUCGUGCUGGACGAACUCACAGACGACCUGACACGUGCCUGGAAUGAGCUGGAUAAUUUGAAGGAGAAGAAAAUCUCCCAAGAGCCUUUCUACCUUCCCAUGUCGUGUCUCCGACGACCGCCGGAGGAUGGAACGGGGAACAGACCGCUCGAGAUUCGGGAGCCCGAAGAAGACCACGUUUCCACGAUCAUGGAUUCGAUGAUUACUUGCCCGACCGGAGAGCAUCUUCCCCAUGUUGGUGUGGUGGAUCUGUCACAGGUCAAACAUAAGAAAGACGUGGAUUUGGCCCGUUUGCGGAAUGGUGGCUACACCAUUUAUGUUCUUGGAAGUAGACAUUGUCGGGAGACGAGGGAACGUCUGCGGAAGAUCUACCCUGACAAAGACGAUUACAACUGGAAUGUGUGCUAUGUCCAUGCGGGCCUGACGACGGAAGAAGCAAGGCAGAUCUCCCUGGAAGAGAUAGAGAGGAUCUCCCUGGAAGAGAAGGAGAGGAAAUUUAAGGUCGUGAAGAAGUUUGGCUACGUUUCAAAGGCGUUCUGCGAUGGGGUGAAAUACAAGGACUUCAAAGCCGCAGAGGAGUUGUAUCCUUUACACACCAAGAAUGAGGUUCUCGAGCCAUUCAUUGGAAGUUUUGAGAGGCGAGGGGCUAAGCCCACUACUUUGCUGAAUCAUAUUGAGCGAGCAAAGAAGUGGAGGAAGAUGGAGGACAGGAGGAUACGAGAUGCGCAGAGAGCAAGUCAUGAUUUCUUUCAAGCGCGUUCUCUGGAAAACCCUUUCGCCGACUGCACUGAGGUGAAGUAUGAAGGGUGCGCGGGCCAGGUAAAGGUUAUUCAAGGCGAUAUGUUGCAUUUGGCACAGUUGCAGAAGGACAAGGUGCCGAUUUCUCUGUCUAUCUUUACUUUUCCCUACGGCUUUGCACACAAAGGUCACGCGCGUGACACGGAGCCGUUCCCGGAGAGUGACAUUGUCGACGUGCUGCAGAAUGUCAAGGAGGUUACGAGCGUGUCGCUCAAGACAGUCGCUGCUUUCAGCUCUGUGGACAUGCUAUCCUCAGUGAGGUCCGCGUUUGCGAAGAUCCGCAAUGCUGGUCAAGAGCUUGUCACGUGAUGCAAGCCAAACACGACGAAUCCCGGUGGCCACAGACUUGUCAGCGUGACAGAGAUCUGCGUUCUGGGGUACUACAAUGUGACGGGCCAGCGUGAGAUGACGCAUUACAACUUUGCUCCCACCGA